AUGCAGCCUCCAUUUCCCUCUGCCACGGCAAACUGGCGGAAUGAUACUUAUGCCGCCAUCUCGCCCGAGCGGCCCCAGCUCAGCGCCUCCGGGAAGACGGUGGUCAUCACCGGCGCUGGCAGCGGCAUUGGUAGAGAGACGGCCAUUGCAUUUGCAACCGCCGGAGCUGCUCGCGUCGCCCUCCUAGGACGAACCGAAGCCUCGCUCAAGCAGACGGCUGCCGCGCUGCCCUCCACCGUCUCGGCAUCAGUCCACGUUGUCGACGUCACAAGCGAGGAGUCUCUGGUUCAGGCAGCCGCCGCCAUUGGCACGUGGGACGUGCUCAUUCUUGCGGCUGGCCACGUCGCCGCGCCCUCAACCAUUGCGAGUUCAAACUUUGCAGACUUCUGGCAGUCGUUUGAGACCAACACCAAAGGCACCUAUGCCUCGCUUCAUGCCUUUCUGCCCACGGCGAAUACUGCUCAUGCAGCGGUCCUCGCAGUAACCACAGGCACUGCAACCCUCCCAGCGACCAUGGUCCCAGGGCUAUCAGCGUACAUGGCGUCAAAGCUCGCGCAGACGAAGCUGAUCGAGUUCCUGGCCGCCGAGCACUCGAAUCUCUUUGCGGCAACCGUACACCCUGGCAUGAUUGAGACAAACAUAUUCACCAGGAGCGGUGCAAAAGCCGAGAGCCUUCCCAUGGACAAAGUUCAACUUCCUGCGCACUUCAUGGUCUGGCUGGCGAGCCCUGAGGCAGCUUUCCUCAGCGGCCGCCAGGUUUGGGCCAACUGGGACGUGGACGAGCUCAAGGCGAAGGCGGAUGCCAUUAAGCAGAGCCAGCUGUAUACUGCCGGUAUCAAUGGGUGGCCCUUUACCCCAUAG